AUGCGCGUCACGCUGUGCCAGAUGGCGGUUGUCGCUUCCAAAGAGGCCAAUAUUGCAAAGGCCGUCGCCAUGAUUACGGCAGCAGCAGAAAGGGGCUCGAAACUUGCUGUGCUCCCUGAAUGCUUUAAUUGCCCUUACGGCACAAAAUACUUCAAGGAGUAUUCCGAGGAAUUGCGUCCCGGAUUCCCAACCCAUGAUGCGAUGUCCAAGGUCGCCAAGGAAAAGAAUAUAUGGGUUGUGGCGGGCAGUAUUCCAGAAAGCACAGAUGGAAAGAUAUACAACUCAUCUAUGGUUUUUGAUUCAACAGGUCAAUUGCGACAUGUUCACAGGAAGAUUCAUCUCUUCCGAAUCAAUACAGAAACUGUGCAAAUGGAUGAGAGUGAAAUUCUUACAGCAGGGGAUACCGCUUCUCCCGUUUCCAUGGAUGAUGAAAUUAAGUUUGGUGUUGCCGUUUGCUUUGAUAUGCGGUACCCACAGCUCGCCUGGAAAUACGCGAUGGAGGGAACUUCCUUUUUGGUUUAUCCCGGUGCGUUCAACAUGGUCACUGGGCCACUACAUUGGGAAUUGACUGCCAGGGCACGCGCUAUGGAUAACCAGCAGUACGUUCUAUUGUGUUCUCCUGCACGUGACACCAAGGCUGGUUACGUUGCCUGGGGGCACUCAUUAAUUGCGGACCCAUACGGUAAGGUAAUCGCCGCUGCUGAAGAAGGGGAGACAUACGUUGAUGCUGAAUUGGAUUUCGAUAUCCUUUCAAAAGCGAGGAAGCAAAUUCCGAUUAUGAGUGGUGCACGCCAUGACAUUUACUCAAUGAAUUGGAAAUAA